AUGGCGCCGUCACAGGGCGAACCCCUCCCCCUCCCAGCUUCGGCCGAGGAGGUUAAAGACAUAGACAGUUUUUAUAUGGUGAUAAGCAAACUUUCCUCCUGCAUCAGUACCGCGGUAAACGAAGGGAAGAGGGUGACCGCUGCUAAUACGCGGCUCAUUAGCCAGGCUGCUGAAGAAAUUAGAACUGCCACACGAUCUCUCCUUUCCAUCAAGUCUGUCGCCUCCUCUAGCACACCAACAUUAAACAGCGAGUUAAAGGAUGAGAUACUCGCAUGUGUGAGGGAGGAGAUUGCCAGUGUUAAAAAACUUGUCUCAGCCAACAAGCCCUCUUACGCACAAGCAGCAGUAGCGACUCACGAGGCUCCUGCACCUGCUGGGCCAACCGCCCUCCGUAGCUCCCCACCAGCGACUAAACCGGCGAUCAUAGUUAGCCCGACCGUCGAGCCUGUGUCCAACAACAAGCUGCGUGUCGAGUUCGACACGGAGACUCAACGCAAUGACACCCUGACCAGGCUCGAGGGAAAAACUGGAAUUAAGGCUGAACCCGUACGGAAGCUUAGACCCAUGGUCAUAUUAAAAGGCAUAUCAAAGGAUGUUCCAGCAGACGAUCUUAUAAAAAUUAUUAGACAGCAAAAUGAGGAAAUUAACGAAAUUAUCAGUGAUGAUGUUGAUCCUAAGGUAUACAGCAAAAUGUUAACAAUGGGUCAUAUCAGCAUUGAUUACCAGCGCGUCCAUGUUGCUAGUUUCUCGCCGUUCCUCCAGUGCCACAGGUGCCUGCAGUACGGCCAUACAAAACUAAGGUGCACUGCGCACCAAAGCUUCUGCUCACAUUGUGCGAGCACAGAGCAUGAUUGCAACCUCGAUAGAUGUAAGAAUGCACAACAUGAGAUUCUUCUCUCCUUUAUGGCCGGUGAUUAUGACAUCGCCCUCAUCUCCGAGCCAUAUAUUGGUUCUGGAGAACAGGUAAAAUCAACAUUUGGAAUUGACACAUAUCAAUUUUUCACGGGCAACAAGAUUAAGGCCUGCAUCCUGGCAAAACCAGGAUGCGGGUCUUGGGACUAUCGCAAUGCUCUACAUCCAACUUCUGCGCAAUAA